AGGAAUGCUUAGUGAUAUUUUUAUUUCUUUUGCUUCUUGAAACAGAAAUUACGGAUAACUUUAUUUUGAUAAUUCUUUGAGUAAAAUUAUACAAGUCUCAAAACUGUUUAUUGAAGCUUUUUUGUACUUGAAUACAUUUUACCUUAAUUGUUUAAUACAUUUGAUAUGUUUAAAAUAUUCUAUUCUAAUGCAUCUACAACUUCUAGUACAUAUUGGUACUAUUUUGAACUUGAAGAUACGUAUAACAACGGAAAUGAAGGAUUGUAAAACUAGCAUCGUUUAGUCAUGCUAAAAACAUAAUAUAUUUGAGCGAAAUGCCUAUACGUUGAUUACAUAAUUAUCGGUUUAAAUAUGUAUUAUUCUCGUUUAUAGAUUGGUUUUCAUAUUUGAAUACGGAAUAAUGUUGUCUCAGGAAACGUCAGCAAUCAUACUUAUAUUGCUCGUUGAUAUGGUAUUAACUCAAUGUCCUGCUGGCUGCACAUUAUGUUCCGGUUCAAAUUGCACAAGUUGUGAAUCAUCUUACUUUUUAUCAAAUGACUUUUGUUCACCAUGUCCCGAUAAUUGUGAAAGUUGUAACAGCUGGGAUGAAUGUAUUUUAUGUAAGUCAAAUAAGCAUGGUUUGCAUGCAAGAUGUGAUUUCAACUGUGAUGGUAAUUGUCUAAAUAGUGAAUGCGAUGAUAAUACUGGAGAUUGUACUCAGUGUAAGCCUGGUUUCUAUGGAUUUCAAUGUCAACACAACUGUAGUUUAUGUGAAAAUGAACGUUGUGAUUUACGUACAUGUUCUAGUGGUUGUAGAGCUGGAUAUUAUGAGUAUAAAACCGAUGUCGAAACAAUAUGUCAAAAUUGUCCGUCAAAUUGUAAACAUUGUACGGAUGGAAAAACAUGUUAUAUUUGCAAUAAUGGUUUUCACCUCUAUAAGUUUAAUGACAAUGUUCACUGUGUGUCAUGUUCGCAAGAAUCGCAAUGUCCGGACUGUGUUAUUCAAGGUUGUAACCAGUGUCAAAUACACAAUGAUUCGUUAGUCUGCGCUGAUUGUCCAGAAGGACAAAUAUUCAAUGGUAAAACAUGCGUAUCACACACAUCAUUGUGCUCAAAAGAAUGUUCUACGUAUUGUGAUAGUACUGGAAUAUGUCAAGGAGAAUGUAAUGAGGGCUGGACUGGUGAAAAAUGUUCCGAACAAUGUAACAGCAAAUGUUUAAAGUGCUCAAAAGAUAACGGAAAUAGUUGUCUACUGUGUAAAGGUAAUUUUUACUCAACCGAUUGCAGUUUAGCCUGCAACACGGCAUGCAAAGUAAUUAGUGUUAAACAUACAUGUGAACAGGCAGACGGUAAUUGUUUAAACGGAUGCAACCAAACCCUUUGGGGCGAUACUUGUGAGCAACCUUGUCCUGGCGGAUGUAAAGAUCUUAAAUGUGAUAGAAACAAUGGUGCAUGUACAGAUGGAUGUAAGGAUGGACUGAUUGGAGAUAAAUGUACUCAAACUAUCACAAUUGAAACAUCAGUGACAGCAACAACAACAUCAGCAGCCGGAUCUGUAACACAACAACCGGACGAUAAAGCUAAUAUAUUUACGAUUGGUUAUUUCUCUGGAUUCGGAUCUUGUGCUGCCAUAGUAGUAUUUGCUGUAUUGUUUUACAUUUUAAGACGAAGGUAUUUUCCAAGUAAAACACCCCAAGGUAACACAAGUAACGUUGAGAUUCCAACAUAAUAUAACACUAGAACUGAUUUCGUAGCUGUAAAUGCUGAGUCAGCAAAUGUGACUUAUAAUUACGAGAGCUUAAAUAAUAACAGAACCACGGAUAAUGUAUACAAUGAUCUAGGAACAACAUUGUCUUAGAUGCAAGAGAAAUAAGUCUUACUAGUGGACACAUCAAAAUAAACUUUUAGACUGUAUUUGUUGUUUCCCUUAUUCAGUACAUACGAGGGCUGUUCAAAAAGUUCGUGGACUGCGGCUCUACUGUUCACAUCUUUUAAUUUGCGUAUAUGAUUUUACAAGAGACAUAUAUGAAAAUAUGUCCUUAAUAAACAGUGAAAAAAUCAAUACAAUAUGUUUACAAAUAACAAUUCUGUGACAGUUACAAAUCACAAGGGGUGCGCUGAUGAUGAAACAAAAUGACGUUCGUGACGUCGCAAUAUAAAUGAAACAUUUUACCAGCGUCAUUGUUUCUGAAAGUACUCUUUUUAGUGUUCAAUAUCUGCGGAUCAUAUACCAAAACCAUUUUUCUGUGAUGAUGACCCGAGAUAUAAAGUGGUCAUCUAUUCGCUCCAUUCUCCGUAUAAAGGUCCGAGUGCCGCAUACUUUCCGCUCUUUAUCGGGAUUUUUGGGUAAUUUAGACACUAAACGGACAGUGUUAUUAAGUUAAUUCAAUUGUUGAUUGAUAGUAUCAAUUUGAAACCGCCCUCGUCCGAUCUUUAAACAAUAUGAUUAUCGAUGAUAAAGAAAAUAUUUUAUCAACUGACAAUUAUUCUAUGCGGUAAAUCUACUGAACACCGGCUAGCAUUAAUUAUCAAACGGACCAGGGUAAAUACAGGAAAUACAAAUAAUAACUACAAGUAUUUAUUGUAAAAACGCAUAUAUCCUGAUGAAUGAAAUAAAGUAUUAUUUUAAAUAAAUUGUUUUGUCAGAAUUGAAUGCAUAGACCCGAUGCAGAAAUUAAACAUGUCGGACAUCUCGCAAAACUGUCAUAAUGUCUGAACUUCUGUAGAUCUUUUGCAAUUGACGUUACAAACGUCCCAACAAUUUGCCGCUAAAAUUAUUCGUCGCCCUUUCUGUCUGUGAGCAUGUAUUUGUCGUAUUUGAAUCGCUUGCCGACCUGAAACCAAAAGACUUGCUCGACAACUCAUUGUUUUUCGUUAAUUUAUUCACCUCUUAAAAAUAUAAAGGAGUAUACCACAUUUAUUGGUAAAAAAUUACGAAAGAGCGAAUUUCUAGUUUUUAAACGGGGUUUAUUCUUCCCAACUUACCCGUCUGUCUACUGCUGCUCAAAACCUGUUUGUUCAGCUAUUGAACGUCCAAACGACGCCAAAAGUCAGAUUUAUGUCAUUUAAAUAUUAAUAGAUGAUUACUUGUAUUUAACUUCGUAAAACAAUCAUUUAAUUUGUUUCAACAUUUGUUUAUAUUUAAACAUUAUAUGAAAAUUUCGGCGUGCGCCGAUGUUGCGUUGCCAUGGUUAUUAAAGUGCACAUAACUCGUAAAGGAAAUAAAAGUUAACAAUAAAAGUAAAUCUUACUUUUGAAAAUAAAGACACUCUUUCGAUUCAUAUCCACUAAGGGUGUUUUUAUGAACCAAGUAAAAAAUGACAGCAAAAAUCCACGAACAUUUUGAACAUACCUCGUAUUUUAUGGUGGUGAUAAAAGCUUUAUAUUCUUUAUCCCAAACAAACAUUUACAACUACGAAUUUGAAAUUGGUUCCUUUGUGUGUGAACACUAGAAGCUUUAAAUAUCUAUUUUCGAUUAUGAAUACUGCCUUGAAUGUUGCAGUAUGGUUUGGAAAGGCUUUAAUUUGCAGUUUAGAAAUCUAAAAUCAGUCUCCUUCCAAAACUCAUUUUAGUUUGUGUUUCAAAGGAAAAUGUCCUUUGUUAUUACUCCUUUGUUAUGACUCCUUUUAUUUCUGAAUAGCAAUGCUCAUGAAAAUUAACAUGUUGUGGAUUAAAUAGCGCGCUUUUGUAUUUAGGAAGACGAUUUGAAUCAAAGUCUAAAGUAUCUGACUAAAGGAAGAAACAUUGAAGCGGUCAUUUGUUUAUUGUAAAAGUGGUCUGAUUCAUUCGUAUACAAUAUUCUGAUUUAGUCUGUGAAGUGGAAGCGAACCUUUUUAGUUUUACUCAACCAUAAUGGGUCAGUCUUUAAACUGAUUUCACCAAUUAUUCUAUCACGCUAAAUUCACGAGAAAUAAACAUUGAAAAUCAGUUGUAAAUUGUGUUUCUUUCUAUAAUGAAAUACAGUAGAGAUAUCGGGAUUAUAUUAAAUUGUAAUAUAAAUAGAUAACAGAGAAAUAAUACACUUACUUUCAGAAUUAAAAGUAGACCAAUUAUCAAAUACAAAGUUCCUUUCCUUCUAAGUACUUUUAAGUAAAGAAAAUUGUUAGUUUUAGCACUUUCAAUACUUAAAGUUUUUGUUAGCUUAAUAGCCAUUUUUGAUUUCAUAUUAUGAUAUUUUCAGUGUUAAAAUACGUCGAACCUAAGGAAAAGUUACAUUCCUUAUACAUUCUGAACUUGUCAUUUGGUGUUUUCUUUUUGUGUCGCCUGCUACAGAGUGGUGUCACAAAUCUUGUCUGGACCUCUCAUGAUUAACAGCUUGUGCAAUUUUAUCCAAACUUUACAAGAAUGAUCGGUACCAAAAUCUUAUUAUGCAUAUCGCCAGUAUGUAUAUUUCUUAAAGCAUUUCCCGGAAUUCUUUUCCUAUACUACGAGGAAUUAACAGAUCAUACUUGUAUGCAACAUUAACAAUUUGGACUGAUAUCUUUUUUGAAAUUUAUCGCCUUGCGUGCUCGGAUUGCUUUAUUUUGCUUCUGCAUGUGUUAAUUCACGAAAAAGUACAUUAUCCCUUUACUACUGUACUGGCAUAUUUUAUCUUCAUGACAUGGAAAUGUCAUUACAAUAAAGCUAUACCUGUGGUAACUGAUGCAUAUCAUAUAUAUUGUGUUUUUAUUGUCGACUUUAUCAAUUUGAAUAACAUCAUUUUGCGCAUUAAAUAGUGAA